AUGGACUCCCCACCUCCAGUCCCACGAAAGGACACUCCGCCGACCGCACGCAAGAUGGACAUGGACUAUGCCCCUGCCAGCGGCUCGAAGCGCAAGCGGCCUGACCAGGACGACACCAUCUACGAGCUCCGCGACGGCAAGCUCGAGCCCGCCGGCCUGGACUCCCACACACCCAAACGAAGUCGGCAGAGCAGCACAGAAGCAUCAGACACGCCCGGUAAUGAACGCAGCCUUCGCCGAAAAAAGAAGGUCGGCAAUCUAUCCAAGGUGAAUCUCCGCCAUGCUGCAGAAGAGCAGAGGCUCAGCCAACAGGUGCGAGAGUCCAAGUUUCAGGAGGGUAGCUUGACCGACAGGCCGAGCGCGAAACCUCCAAGUGCUUUCACCCGUAUGAUCCGCACCGAUAGUGGGAACAUCAAGCAAGUCGACGAGCUCAUGGAGGGAUACAACGACAGCGAGGUGCAGCCGAGAGAUGUUGUGGUGGGUCAUAUACCACAAGGCACUGCAGCCGAUGCUCUGCGUGCAUUGCAACCUCAUGCGGACGAUGCAGUAAGACAGGAGUCCGGUGGCUUCUUCAAAUUCGGCCGUUCGCUGGCCUCCAACUUCCGUCCCGUCGCACUGUGGAAUAAGAUGUGGAACGAGACCAGGGAGGAUCUGAUCAGGCAGAACAUGGAAGAGGUUGAGCGUAAACGCAAGCAGAAGGAAGAGGCAGAGGCAACAUACGCGCAGAUGAAGGCAUCUGGACAGCUCGGCCUGAAGUCUGUCAGCAAUCUUGGUUCUCGAUUCUCGGAAAGCUCAACGAUGCGUGACUCUGCCAUUGUCAUCGACAGUGCUCGUACCUCCAUCGACCACAACCGAGGCCCGUCCCACGGUUCCAGUCUCCUUGCGCCGCUGAAGGAAGAAGCAUUUGCAAGUAACGAAGCACCAGAGACCGCGACCAAGACGAAAGGCACCUUUCGAUCACGAUUCACAUUUCGCAAGCCCUCCGUCUCCAAUCUCAAGGAAGGACUCAAGCGCGUCAAGUCUGACUUUAAUCUUGCUGCGGCUGCUGGGAACCGUGAGUCGUCUUCGUCUGUAUCUCCUAGCAAGGCCGACUUCGAUGGGUCGACCCUGAAACACUCUACUUCCAAAUUCGACCUGAAGAAGCAGCAGAAGCUGUCGAAGCGUGUCAGUGAUCUGGAGUCUAAGUUGUCGCUGGCCAGACGAGAGCUUGAUGACGCGUUGAUCGAAGCCACUCCCAAUCCGAAGCUGAACAACAAGUACGAGCGUUUCACUCCUCAGAGCACACUGAAGCGUCCUCGAUUUAUUCCAGGCAAGCUGCCUAGUCUACCGAGUGAGCGUAUACUGAUGGCAGAGAACUAUGGCUUCGGUGACGACGAGGCGUCACCUCGCUUGCCGACUGAGCCGAGUAUGAAGCUUGGUAUGAGUGAGCCCAUGGAUCUCUAUGGUGACGAGACGGUCAAAGUGACGCGCAUGAGGCAGUAUCCCACUCGUGCAGAUGCACUCUUCAACUUGACGAAUGAGAAGAUCAAUAACAUCACGAUCGCUGACAAGAGUACGACUCUCGAAAGCGAAAAAGACACCAUGGAUCUUGACGGCCCUACCAACCAAGCAAGCACGGCGGCCACGCAGACUGAUGGUACUGCGGACUAUGCCGCGCUCGAUGCCAAGCUCAAGGCACUCGACAGUCAGCAAAAGACCACACGCAAGAUCAAGUCCAAGAAACGCAAGUCCGGCGCCGAUGAAGACAGCAAGGAAUGGAAGCCGAGCAAGGAGACUGACGAGAGCGCCGAGUGGGAAGGCACCCCACGCAAGAAGCGCAAGUCCACUGGCGGCGACAACAGUAGCCCGCAGUCCAAGCGUGGUCGCGGACAGCAGAUCUCGCCAAAGACCAAGAAGGGUACCAACGGAAUCGCCAAGCCCGCCUCGGAACAGGCCAAGCAGAAUGCCGCAGAAGUCAUGGAGGAGGAAGAACAGUACAGCGAAGCCGAAUCCGCCAACCUCGAAGUCGGCGAGGACGACGACCUCAUCCUACCCAAUCGCAACAGCCUCGACUCACAAGGCCAACCACUCGACCCCGUCUACGAAGAAGAAGAAGAAACCUCCCUCAUCGCUCUCAACGGCGACCCCAAGAAACCGACUGCCACCGCCACCCCGGCACGCUUCGCCCGCGUCAAUGGUCUUUCGCGCUCCGGGAGCCCACAUAAGCGCAAUGAAACCUAUUACCGUGGUCCGGAGGAGACGAUGAUCACGCGUGCUGCUGAGGCUGCGUGGGAACAUCGUGCUGCUAAUCACCUUGCUGCAGCUAAUGGGAACGUGAACGGGAACGAUGAUGGUGCUUUGCUCACCCCUGGCAUGAGCAGUUUGUCUAGUAUGGAGGAAGCGGUUGAGGUCGAUCCAGCUAAAUUCAAGGUCACGAAGACGACGGUUCGGGUCAAUGUUGAUAAGAAGAAGGAGGACUUUCAGUGGCCGGAGGAUGUCUUUUAG